AAAGUUUCGUUAUUAAAAAUGAAAAUAAGAAAGUGUGGUGAGAAAGGAAGAAUGUGAGACAGAGAGGGGAAUGGAGCGUGAGUAAAUGAAAGAUGGAGAUGGUGACUGUUGACUAAUUUAAGGGAGCAGAAAGACAAAACGACAGACAGAUUGGAGAGAGAAUGAGUGGCGGAGGAGAAGAGGGAGCAACUCUGGAGUUCACUCCGACGUGGGUUGUGGCCGCCUUUUGCACAGUCAUCGUCGCCAUUUCCCUCGCCGCUGAGCGCCUCCUUCAUUAUGGCGGAAAGUUUCUCAAAGCCAAGGACCAGAAGCCGCUCUACGAAGCUCUCCAGAAGAUCAAAGAAGAGCUGAUGCUUUUGGGGUUCAUUUCCCUGCUUUUGACGGUUACACAAAACGGCAUUACCAAAAUCUGCGUUCGACCCUCUUUGACGCUCCACAUGCUCCCGUGUAAUCUCCACGACGCUCCAGCAAACCACGAAUCUCAUUUCCAGACAUUUUUCCCUGGAACAGCCAGGCGCCUUCUCUCUGGGGAACACUCCACCCCCGAGUCCGCCUCUAAAAUUGGUUAUUGCUCUCGCAAGCACAAGGUGCCUUUAUUAUCUGUGGAAGCACUUCACCACCUUCACAUCUUCAUUUUUGUCCUCGCUGUCGUACACGUCUCCUUUUCCGUGCUCACCGUUGUCUUUGGAGGCGCCAGAAUACGUCAGUGGAAACACUGGGAAGAUUCUAUUGCAAAACAGAACUACGAGACUGACCGAGUUCUCAAACCAAAGGUCACUCAGGUUCACCAGCAUGAUUUUAUCAGGGGUCGUUUUGCUGGUUUUGGCAAAGACUCUGCUAUAGUCGGUUGGUUGCUAUCCUUUCUAAAGCAAUUUUAUGGAUCUGUGACAAAAUCAGAUUAUGUGACAUUGCGACAUGGUUUCAUUAUGACCCACUGCAGGACAAAUCCGAAGUUUAAUUUUCACAAGUACAUGAUUCGUGCCCUCGAAGAUGAUUUCAAGCAAGUUGUUGGUAUAAGUUGGUAUCUUUGGCUCUUUGUGGUUAUCUUCUUGUUACUUAAUAUCAAUGGUUGGCAUACGUAUUUCUGGAUUGCUUUUAUUCCUGUCAUUCUUUUACUUGCUGUGGGCACUAAGCUGGAGCACAUAAUAACCCAACUAGCUCAUGAAGUAGCUGAGAAGCAUGCUGCCAUAGAAGGUGAUUUAGUUGUGCAGCCAUCAGAUGAUCACUUUUGGUUUCACCGGCCCCGUGUUGUCCUCUUUUUGAUUCACUUUAUCCUUUUCCAAAAUGCUUUUGAGAUAGCAUUUUUUUUCUGGAUAUGGGUUACAUAUGGAUUUGACUCCUGUAUAAUGGGACAAGUUCGAUACAUUGUUCCAAGGCUUGUUAUUGGGGUAUUUAUUCAGGUACUAUGUAGCUACAGCACCCUGCCACUGUAUGCAAUUGUUACGCAGAUGGGAACUCACUAUAAGCGGGCAAUAUUUAAUGAUCAUUUGCAACAAAACAUUGUUGGUUGGGCACAGAAGGCGAAGAAGAGGAAAGGACUAAAAGCUGAUGGCAAUCCUGGCCAAGGAAGUUCUCAGGAGAGUGCUAAUACAGGAAUCCAGCUUGGGUCAAUUUUCAAGAAGGCAACUGCUCCAGGAGACAGUUCUUCUGCCCCCAAAGCUGACGGAAUCAGCUCAGUGUAGCUAUAUAAGUGAAGAUUUACAGUCUUAUUUUGUAAAGUUGCUCACAGAUUGCAGUUUUCUUUAUAUUAUUUUCUUUGCUAACAUAAUGUAGCAUUGUGGGACAUGUGUUUGACUUGGUGUACGCAUAAGGUCGAAGUACUAUAUGAGUAGAUGCUAGUAAUGCUAUUGUCAUUUCUAAGAUCCGUCAUCACCCCCUUACUACACUCGUCCUUUCUCAGGUUUUUGCCUGAUACUUUCGUAGACAGGCUGACACUGCCUUUCUCUCUAACUUGAGUUCCUGUUAAAACUGUCUUUUUAUUUUAUGAAGCAAUUUAAUGUAAA